GUGCUAAKCACCCGCGAGCCUCUCAGGCCUCCCGGCCCCUGGGGACCCCGCCCCGCCGCCCGCCGGCCGGCCCGCGGCCUCGCUUCUCUUUGUGAGCGCCCCCUUCCCAGGGGUGGUGGUGGUGGUGGCAGAGGGCCACGCGUGGGCCCGCCCGCCGAGGGGCCGCGGCGGGGGACCAAGAGGGCCUCGGCUGUGUGAGAACGGGAGGCGGCCGAGGCCCGGGCCGGUUCCCCCGAGGCGGCGGCGGCGGCGGCUCCGGGCACUUCCCCGCGCCAUCUUAGCUGAGCCCCAGCGCUGAGGGCGCCUCCUCGACUCUGGUCGUCCCCUCGCCGCCCCCCUCCCCGCCCCUUGUCGCAGAGCUUGGGCUGGGCAGCUCGCUGGGGCUCCGCGGGGUGGGGGGCGGCGGUCGGUCGCCAGGCCCCCUCCUCACUCCUCGCCCUCCAGCUAGCAGCUACCUGAGCGCUGCGGGGGGCUGCGUUUGCCUACUCCGCUCCAGACCUGACGGCUAAAGGUACUUUAUGCCAACGUGGCUUCAUUCAUACAGAUGAACCAAGGAUUGGGAUAGCAGUAUAAAAUUAGAAUAAGACAGCUGACUGCCCAGCAGGAUGCCAUCAACUAACAGAGCAGGCAGUCUAAAGGACCCCGAAAUUGCAGAGCUCUUCUUCAAAGAAGAUCCAGAAAAGCUCUUCACAGAUCUCAGAGAAAUUGGCCAUGGAAGCUUUGGAGCAGUCUAUUUUGCACGGGAUGUGCGUACCAAUGAAGUGGUGGCCAUCAAGAAAAUGUCUUAUAGUGGAAAGCAGUCUACAGAGAAAUGGCAAGAUAUUAUUAAAGAAGUCAAAUUUCUACAAAGAAUAAAACAUCCCAACAGUAUAGAAUACAAAGGCUGCUAUUUACGUGAACACACAGCAUGGCUUGUAAUGGAAUAUUGUUUAGGAUCUGCUUCAGAUUUAUUAGAAGUUCACAAAAAGCCAUUACAAGAAAUGGAAAUAGCAGCAAUUACACAUGGUGCUCUCCAGGGAUUAGCCUACUUACAUUCUCAUACAAUGAUCCAUAGAGAUAUCAAAGCAGGAAAUAUCCUUCUGACAGAACCAGGCCAGGUGAAACUUGCUGAUUUUGGAUCUGCUUCCAUGGCAUCCCCUGCCAAUUCUUUUGUUGGAACACCAUAUUGGAUGGCCCCAGAGGUAAUUUUAGCCAUGGAUGAAGGACAAUACGAUGGCAAAGUUGAUGUAUGGUCUCUUGGAAUAACAUGUAUUGAACUUGCGGAAAGGAAGCCUCCUUUAUUUAAUAUGAAUGCAAUGAGUGCCUUAUAUCACAUAGCCCAAAAUGAAUCCCCUACACUACAGUCUAAUGAAUGGUCUGAUUAUUUUCGCAACUUUGUAGAUUCUUGCCUCCAGAAAAUUCCUCAAGAUCGUCCAACAUCAGAGGAACUUUUAAAGCACAUGUUUGUUCUUCGGGAGCGCCCUGAAACAGUGUUAAUAGAUCUUAUUCAGAGGACAAAGGAUGCAGUAAGAGAGCUGGACAAUCUGCAGUAUCGAAAAAUGAAGAAACUUCUUUUCCAGGAGGCACAUAAUGGACCAACAGUGGAAGCACAGGAAGAAGAAGAGGAACAAGAUCAUGGUGUUGGCCGGACUGGAACAGUCAAUAGUGUUGGAAGUAAUCAGUCUAUUCCCAGUAUGUCUAUCAGUGCCAGCAGCCAAAGCAGUAGUGUUAACAGUCUUCCAGAUGCCUCAGAUGAUAAAAGUGAACUAGACAUGAUGGAGGGAGACCAUACGGUGAUGUCCAACAGUUCUGUCAUCCAUUUAAAACCUGAAGAAGAAAAUUACAGAGAAGAAGGAGAUCCUAGAACAAGAGUAUCAGAUCCACAGUCUCCUCCCCAAGUAUCUCGCCACAAAUCACAUUAUCGUAAUCGAGAACACUUUGCAACCAUAAGGACAGCAUCACUGGUUACAAGGCAAAUGCAAGAACAUGAGCAGGACUCUGAGCUUAGAGAACAGAUGUCUGGCUAUAAGCGAAUGAGGCGGCAGCACCAAAAGCAACUGAUGACUCUGGAAAAUAAGCUAAAGGCUGAGAUGGAUGAACACCGCCUCAGAUUAGACAAAGAUCUUGAAACUCAGCGUAAUAAUUUUGCUGCAGAAAUGGAGAAACUUAUCAAGAAACAUCAAGCUGCUAUGGAAAAAGAGGCUAAAGUGAUGGCCAAUGAGGAGAAAAAAUUUCAGCAACAUAUUCAGGCCCAACAGAAGAAAGAACUGAAUAGCUUUUUGGAGUCCCAGAAAAGAGAAUAUAAACUUCGAAAAGAACAGCUUAAAGAGGAGCUGAAUGAAAACCAGAGCACCCCUAAAAAAGAAAAACAAGAGUGGCUUUCAAAGCAGAAGGAGAAUAUACAACAUUUCCAAGCAGAAGAAGAAGCUAACCUUCUUCGACGUCAGAGACAAUACCUAGAGCUGGAGUGUCGUCGCUUCAAGAGAAGAAUGUUACUUGGACGGCAUAACUUGGAGCAGGACCUUGUCAGGGAGGAGUUAAACAAAAGACAGACUCAAAAGGACUUAGAGCAUGCCAUGUUACUACGACAGCAUGAAUCCAUGCAAGAACUGGAGUUUCGCCACCUCAAUACAAUUCAGAAGAUGCGCUGUGAGUUGAUCAGAUUGCAGCAUCAAACUGAGCUCACUAAUCAGCUGGAAUAUAAUAAGCGAAGGGAACGAGAACUAAGGCGAAAGCAUGUCAUGGAAGUUCGACAACAGCCUAAGAGUUUGAAGUCUAAAGAACUCCAAAUAAAAAAGCAGUUUCAGGAUACCUGCAAAAUCCAAACCAGACAGUACAAAGCAUUAAGAAAUCACCUACUGGAGACUACACCAAAGAGUGAGCAUAAAGCUGUUCUGAAAAGGCUCAAGGAGGAGCAGACCCGCAAGUUAGCCAUCUUGGCUGAACAGUAUGAUCACAGCAUUAAUGAAAUGCUCUCCACACAGGCUCUGCGUUUGGAUGAAGCACAGGAAGCAGAGUGCCAGGUUUUGAAGAUGCAGCUGCAGCAGGAACUGGAGCUGUUGAAUGCAUAUCAGAGCAAAAUCAAGAUGCAGGCUGAGGCACAACAUGAUCGAGAGCUUCGGGAGCUUGAACAGAGGGUCUCCCUCCGCAGGGCACUCUUAGAACAAAAGAUUGAAGAAGAAAUGUUGGCUUUGCAGAAUGAACGAACAGAACGAAUACGGAGCCUGCUGGAGCGUCAAGCAAGAGAAAUUGAAGCUUUUGACUCUGAAAGCAUGAGACUAGGUUUUAGUAACAUGGUCCUUUCUAACCUCUCCCCUGAGGCAUUCAGCCACAGCUACCCGGGAGCAUCUGGUUGGUCUCACAAUCCUACUGGGGGUCCAGGACCUCACUGGGGUCAUCCCAUGGGUGGCCCACCACAAGCUUGGGGCCAUCCAAUGCAAGGUGGACCCCAGCCAUGGGGUCACCCCUCGGGUCCAAUGCAAGGGGUACCCCGAGGUAGCAGUAUGGGAGUCCGCAAUAGCCCCCAGGCUCUGAGGCGGACAGCUUCUGGGGGACGGACGGAGCAGGGCAUGAGCAGAAGCACGAGUGUCACUUCACAAAUAUCCAAUGGGUCACACAUGUCUUAUACAUAACUUAAUAAUUGAGAGUGGCAAUUCCUCUGGAGCUGUCUGCCAAAAGAAACUGCCUACAGACAUCGUCACAGCAGUCUCCUYACUUGGGUACUACAGUGUGGGAGCUGAGUGCAUAUGGUAUAUUUUAUUCAUUUUUGUAAAGCAUUCUGUUUUGUGUUUACUAAUUGGGACGUCAUAGUAUUUGGCUGCCGGGUUUUUUGUGUUACUGUGUGUGUGUUUUUUUGUUUGUUUUUUUUUUUUUUAAUUUUUGGGCAAAUUUUGAAAAGGGUAAUUGAUAUUAAAUAUCUCAUGCAUGUAGUAAAAAGAAAUUGGCUAGAUAGAGGGGGUAUUUUCUGAACACUGCAGAAAUAAAAUGCAGCAAAGUGGCUUGAGUCAUCACUUGAGGGUAUCCAUAUCCUAAGAGUUUUUGAGAAGAUCUGAAGUGUUCUUCGAAUUCUUAUGAGCCACUGACAGCAGGCAGCCUAUGCUGAAACAAGGUAUUAUUGGAACACACCUGCAACCCCCACCAAGGAAUUUUUUUUUUGUUAGAUUGGUUUGACUUCUCAGCCUGAUUUGGAGUAAAAAAGCAGAAAUCCACAAACACUAAGGGAUUAUAUUGAUCAUUUCAGAUGGUAGAAAAUAACUUACUUCUUUUUCUGAAAGCUUCAUAAAUUUGUCAAUGAUUUUUGUUCAUUCAGUUGUGCCUUCUUUGUGUCACAGUAAGAUGGGGUUGCUUAAAGAAAUUACAAGUUGUGUGAGGAAUGCAUUAAUAAACCUGUGAGCCUUCAAAGGGGUGAGACAGUUCCUAGAAAGUUCAUCUGAUAGGUAUGUCGAGCAACCUAGUAAGGAGAUGAAGCCUGUAUAUCCUGACAUUUUGUUGCUUGUACUGUGAUAUCUCAUCCUAGCUAAGCUCUGUAAGUUUUAAGACCCCAAACAGUACUUUUACUUUGUGCAAAAACAAAAACAUAGCCAAUACAAAUCAAAUGCCAGAGGUAUUUGAAUGAUGCCAUAUUUGCAAACUGCCAUCUAUUGGAAUACUCAUCACACUACAUAGACAGAAUUUGAUUAUUCCCUUUUGGCUUAUGGGAUUUCCUGUUUACAAGUAGAUUAGUCGAUUAUUUAAAUGUUUAGUUGCCAUAGUGAUCCAGGAGUCACUGAGCCAAUGACUACCAGCUGCUGACUAAUCCUCAUCACCACUGUAGAUUUUGCUGCAUAUGCAGGUCCUCUUAUUUUUUAAUUGCUGUUUUUGUUGCUGYAGUACUUUACAAACUUCUAGUUCAUUGAGACUUAGUAAUCAUUUUGGAUCAUGUUAACAUCACACAAUAGGAAACACCACUUCCAGAAGUCUCAAGCCUCAGAGCUGAAAUACUACUGAAAAGGAACUAGGAGGUUUGCUAAAUGAAAAAAAAA